UAUAUAUACUCAUGGCUGCAAGCCUUUUAGGCAUCCAAAAUCGUUCACAUCCUAAAGCAUUUUAGCUCCAAAAACAAAUAUUUACAACUCUCUUUUCUCAACUUUCUCUUCCCAAGUAUCAUCAUAUAAAACAUGGGUUUUCGUUUACUCGGUAUCAGAAAGGCAUCUUCAAAAGCUGUGGAUGUGCCAAAGGGUUACAUUGCAGUCUAUGUUGGAGAUCAAAGGAAGCGGUUUAUGAUCCCUGUAUCAUACUUGAACCAACCUUCAUUUCAAGAUCUUUUGAGUCAAGCUGAGGAAGAAUUUGGCUAUGACCAUCCAACUGGUGGUCUCACAAUUCCUUGUGGAGAAGAUGUGUUCUCAGAUAUCACUUCUCGCUUCAAUAGCUGCUAACUGCAUGAAGAUGGAACUGACUUAGAUGUAGCCAUAUACUUGACACAUUUUUGUAUCAUAGUUUCUUACCUUGAGAACAUUUCCUUCUCCACAUUUUUUGAUGUCUGAAUUUGUAAAUGAAAUUUAAUCUGAAUGAGAAAUUUUGGGAACACCAACCUCUUUCACGUUUUAUUCUCUCAUAAUGUACAUAUGAUGAAAAUAUGAUGUCUUUAAAAAUGGCAAGUGUAUGAUGCAUAAAAUAAAUCAACUAAGAACCUAAUUUCUUUAUCUGCUCUGCAACAACCAACAACAAAAAAAUGACUGAUACAAAUGAGCACUUUAUAACAAAGUGUUACCAAAUUACACCUCUUCGUUCAAGCUAUUUUCAAUUAUAACAAUUGAAGAAGCAAAGAUAUAAAAAAGUUAAUCUAUGUUUAUACAAUUGAAUUAGUUAAAAU